UGAGAAGGUCACUUUUCGAUUUCCAUCGCCAUGGGCAACACGACAUCGUACGGCCUCGCCUUGCUCUCCCUCGGUGUCGCGAUGGCCGACACCUACGACGUCAUCGUCGUCGGAAGCGGUCCCGGUGGCCUCGUCGCCGCCGAGUACCUCAGCCGGAACGCAUCGCUCUCGGUGCUCGUCUUGGAGGCCGGUCUCCCGACCCUCGCGGCGUCGGGUGGCAACAACUUUCCUAGCUACGCCCAGGCGAACGGCCUCACAGUCUUUGACAUUCCGGGCGAGUACACCAACAUUGCGUUUGGCGGCAACGCGGCGUACCGCUACGGCACGGACUGGGUGUCGUCGCCCACCGGCCUCUACCUCGGCAAGUGCGUCGGCGGCAGCUCGUCGCUCAACGGCAUGCUCUACUUUCGCACACCCGACUCGUAUGUGACCGAGGCGAGCUGGCCCAACGACGUGGCGACCGUCAACGCUGGCUUCUCGGCGAUCGAGACCAUGUUUACGGCCACCAACAACCCGUCGCCCGACGGUGUCCGCUACAACCAGCAAGCGUACAACAUCAUGCGCUCUGUUCUUGGCAGCGGUGGCGGCUACACCGAGUCGAGCAACCUCAACAACGACCGCAACGCCAAGAGCAAGAGCUACGGCCACCCGCCGUUCGCGAUCAAGAACGGUCUGCGCGACUCGCCAGCCAAGACGUUUCUCGGUGUCGCCAAGGCCCGGUCCAACUUCAAGCUCAUUUCGUCAGCGACCGUCUCGUACAUCAUUCAGUCCAAGGGUACUGCGACGGGUGUCGUCUACACCACCGGCGGCCAGACCGUGACCGCGAGUCUGUCGGGCAACGGUGCCGUCAUUGUGGCCGGUGGUGCAGCCAUGACGCCCAAGAUCCUCAUGCAGUCGGGCGUUGGUCCGUCGAGCCAACUCAAUUUGCUCAAGAGCCGAGGCAACUCGCCGGGUGUCAGUGGCGAUGCGGCCAACUGGGUCGUCAACGAGAACGUCGGUGACAGCAUGUUUGACUCGCAACAACUGCUCAUGACGUUCUCUCGCAACGACAUGGUCACCUUCUCGUACUCGCAGUCUCAAACCGCCGCGAUCACGCAGUACAUGACGCAAGGUCGCAGCGGGCCAUGGGCGAGUCCGGAUCCGAUUUUGAUCGCAUACGAAAACUACAACUUCAACAACCGGGCGUACCAGUUCCAGGUGACUGCGUUCACGCACGGCUUCAACUGGGGCAGCAACAGCCCCACCGAGUUUGGUGUCGCCGUGUACGUCAACAACCCGAUCUCGCGCGACAGUGCGCGCUUCAGUAGCGACGGCGGCUACCGCUUGGACACGGCGCGCAGCCUGUAUAGCAACCCGACAGACCGAGCAGCCGUGGCCAACUACCUCGACAAGCUCCGCGGAUGGAUGAGUAGCCAAGGUGUAACCCAGGUCGUGCCGAACGCUGGUGUCUCAUCGAUGGACUUUGUCAACGCCAACAUUCAAGGCGCCAACCACUACGGUGGCAGCUGCUACGCGUCCGGCGACGGCUCGGACGCCAAGCGGUGUGCGGACGAGACGCUGCGUGUCGUUGGUACCAAGAACAUUUUCGUCGGUGACGCCAGCUUGAUGAAGACGGGGACGGUCAACCCGUACGGCUUUAUCAUGUACGCCGGGUACCAGACCGGCGUCAACGUUGCCAAAGCGAUUGCUUCUGGGUCCACCACACCUGUGACGCCGCCUGGUUCGUGCAGCAACCUGCAAAGCGAUCUCGACUACUACGGCAACGACAUCAAGUCGACGUCGCGGGCGUCGGCGACGGACUGCUGCGGUGACUGCGCGGCGACCGCCGGCUGCGCCUUGUAUGUGUGGACAGGCAACAACGGCGGGACGUGCUGGCUCAAGAACGCUGCCGGCGCGCCGUCGUCCAAGCCAGGUGCCAAGUCGGGUUUCCGUGGCACGGUGACGACACCGCCGGUGACGACGACCCCGCCUCCCGCUGGCUCGUGCACCAACCUGCAGAGCGAUCUCGACUACUUUGGCAAUGACAUCAAGUCGACGUCGCGGGCGUCAGCCAACGAUUGCUGUGCCGACUGUGCAGCCACGACCGGCUGUGUCUUGUACGUCUGGACGAAUACGGCUGGCGGAACGUGCUGGCUCAAGAACGCCGCAGGCCCCUCCUCGUCCAAGCCGGGGGCCAAGUCUGGUUUCACGACGUCGCCUCCGCUCUCGUCAUGCGGCGCACCGCUCGCCAACACGGACUUUGACGGCCAAGACGUCGCCAAUGUGCCGGGGGGUACACCGGCGGUGUGCUGCGCUGCGUGCCAGAGCAACCCAGCCUGCAACGCGUACAGCAUUUGGAACAACAUUUGCUGGCUCAAGAGCGGUUCCAACGCGCCGCGCUCUGCGCUGGGCGUCGUGGCGGCCACCGUCAACAAGUGCUCGGCGCUCGAGUCUGACGUCGACUACUUUGGCAAUGACUUGGGCAGCGCGCCAGCCGCCGCCGCGACCGGGUGCUGUGCGCUGUGCCGCAACCGAGCGGGCUGCAAAUCCUUCUCGUGGUUUCAAGGGGUUUGCUACUUGAAGAGCGCCAAAGGUGCGUCCAGUACCAAGACGGGUGUGAUUUCGGCCGUGGUCAUUGCGUGA